GCGCGGGCGGGUACCCGCCCGAAAACCGGCUGGGCGGACCAGUUUUUACUCGGAGUUGACGGUGAUUUAACGGAUUCGGGGAAACCCGUUAUCCGUGGAUAACGGACAUCGGGCGGUGACGGAGUCCAGGCUAUCCACCCCGAGCCCGCCCCGAGCCAUAAAAACGACGUCGUAUUAUGAGCAUAUAUAUAUAUCCAUCAGUCGAGCAGAGAAACCCUAAUCCCUAAUUGGAAAAGCGCCGCUCUCACUCUCUCUUCUCCUCUCAGUUCUCUGCUCUCAAUCGCCGCUCAAAUCCAUCGAUUCGAUUCCCCCUCGCGAAAUUCUCUCCACCCAGGCUGUCAAUCAUUCAUUAUCCACCAAUCAAAGCCUAAUAUCCUCAUCGAUUUAGGCAAAGAACAACAUGCAAAAGGAGAAGAAUCAGAAGAUGACUGUUCCAAUCUCCGAUUCGAGGUUAUUGGGAGGAUUUGUCGUCGAUUAUUGUUACGAUAAUCCAGAACUUGAGAUAAGUACCUUCCAAUUCAAUUCUUCUUUCUUGUUUCAGUUUCUUGCUUUAGUUUUAGAUUCGUUUAAAUUAACUCGAGUCGAUUGGUUCUUUCUAGGGCUCUUCUGUUUCAUCUUCAUCUACACCUGGGACUGCAUGCAUGCUCUGAUACUUGAGGUAAUCCCUAAUCAAAUUUCCUUAGUCAGUUACUCAGUUAGUGUUUAGUAAUUAGUAGUUUGUUGUAUUGACUUUUACUCAUUGGAUUGUAAUGUUUGUACUUUUGUUUGAGUUUUUGCAGUUUUGUAUCAGGCAUCAGUUCACCAUCCACAACUCUGGACAAUAGACCCCCUCUGUCCAGAUUCGAGGUUAGUUAAAGAAUUAAGGACAUUUUACUUAAUUUGGUUUGCAUGUAUUAGGAAUUAGGGACUCGAGUUUCUGUUGAUUGCUUGGGUGUUGGGUCUGCUCAUGAAUCAUGUCUUGUUUAGUAUAAGUGUCUCAUCUGCAUGUUACAAUUGAAUCUAAAAGACUAUAAAUUUGAACCUAGAAAUCUUAUAGCUAAAGCCUAAAAAGUAACCAAGCAAUCCUUUGAUGUUUAUACUCGUUUAUCUCAAUGUCAGAUGGAAGGUGCACCUAAAAAUGUUGUCAAUGCUCCUGUUCCUCCACAACCUGCCCCUGUUGAUCAAAACAACCAACCUGAACAAGUUGGUAAUGGUAACGGUAACUUGGCUAAUGAAAAUUCUGAAGUGCUUGUUGAAGAAUGCAAAUUGACUUCUGAUGUAUGGCCUCAUUACAUUAGGGUUAAGGUUAAUGGGGUUAUUAAAGCUAAGUGCAAGUACUGUCGAAAAAACCUUGGUGGUGAUACUCGUAAUGGAACCUCGCACCUUAGGACUCAUGUGAAAACCUGUAUCCAAAAAAGGAUACAUGAUGGUGCUCAAAAAAUUCUUUGCCCUAAUUACAAAGCAACUGGAAAACCCCAAUUAUCUGCUACACAAUUCAACUCUGAUGUGUCUAGGAAGGAGCUGAGCUAUAUGAUUUUGGUCCAUGAGUACCCUCUUAGCAUUGUUGAACACUUGGGUUUCAAGCGUUUCUGUUGUUCUUUGCAACCACAGUUUACUGUGCCUUGUAGAAAUACUGUGAAGAAAGAUAUAUUGUCUUUGUAUGGGGUUGAAAGGAGUAACUACCAAAAGGUUAUUGAUGGUAAUUUGGGUAGAAUUGCUGUGACCACUGAUUUAUGGACUGCCCCAAACCAGAAGAGGGGUUAUAUGGCAGUCACAGCUCACUUUAUUGAUAAUACUUGGAAGCUAAGAAACUCAAUGCUAAAGUUUUUGUAUGUCCCUACCCCUCAUACGAGUGAGAGGCUUGCAAGAAAACUGUUUCAAUGUCUUCUGAAUUGGAACAUUGAUGGAAAGUUGUCUGCAAUCACCUUGGACAACUGCUCCACUAAUGAUUCCAUGAUUGCUCACCUUAAAAAUAAACUUGUUUUGAAUAACUUGUUGAUGGAUGGUAGACUGCUUCAUAUGAGGUGUUCUGCUCAUAUACUGAACCUUAUUGUGAAAGAUGGUUUGGAUGUGAUAAAGGAUGGAAUCCAUUUGAUUAGGGAGAGUGUGGUGUAUUGGACAUCCACACCUAAGAGGGUCCAGACUUUCAAUGAAGCUGUUAAACAGGUUAAGUUGGCUAUUGGGAAAAAACUUGUGCUUGAUUGUCCAACAAGGUGGAAUUCUACCUAUGAUAUGCUCUCUAUUGCUCUUCUGUACAGAGAUGUCUUUUUUCGUUUAAGACAGAUGGAUAGUCAAUACACAUCAGCUCCUACUAAUGAGCACUGGGAUUUAGCUGCUAUUGUGAUUGAUAAACAGCUCAUUUUCAGUGAGAUGACUGCAUUAUUUUCUGGCACCAAGUACCCCACUGCCAAUCUGUUUUUCUCUAAGGUCUGUGAUCUGAGAUUGAAAUUGAGUGACUGGUGUGCUGAUCUUAAUCCUGUUGUUUCUGCCAUGGCUGGAAAUAUGUGGUUGAAAUUCACAAAGUACUGGGAUGAUAUACAUCUUGUUCUGGCAGUUUCAGUGGUUCUGGAUCCUAGGUACAAAAUGCAUGUCAUUGAGUAUUAUGCUGCUAAGUUUGGCAGCUCUGAUACUUGGUGGCUAAGGAUCUAAAACAGCUGAUUUGUGAUUUGAUUAAUGAUUAUCAAACCAAGGCUGAAAAGAAAUCUAGUUCUUCUGCCAAUGAACCGAUUGGAAAUGCAAAUGCCUCUGUUUCAGCAACUGAUCUUGAUUUCGAGUUGUUUGUUAGUCAGAGGAAAAAGAGCAAAACAACUCUGAUUACUACUGAGUUGGACCAUUAUCUUGAUGAGGAACUUAUUCCUCGUGAUCCAUCUGUUGAAUUUGAUCUCUUGAUGUGGUGGAAGUUGAAUGGCCUUAAGUAUCCUACUUUGCAAGCAAUUGCAAGGGACUUUUUGGCUAUACCAAUAACAUCAGUUGCUUCCGAGAGUGCUUUCAGCUCUGGUGGGAGGUUGUUAGACCCCCACAGGAGCAGGCUCGACUAUUCUACUGUGGAGGCUAUGUUGUGCAGUCGUAGCUGGGUUAGGGAAGCCUGGCUAAGAGGUAACAUGCAAUACCUUCGAGUUUAGUCUUAGUAGUAGCUUUUGGUUCAUUUAAACAAGUGACUGAGUGAGUUUGUUCUAUUUCUGCAGAAUCAGAGGCUUCUGCUGCUGUGGAGGCAAUGGAUGGACUGUUUACUGGGCUGUCAGUUCACGAUUCAAGUGUAGAAGAUCAGGAAAAUGGGGGUAAGUUAGUUGGUUUUUAGUUUUUAGUUGGUAACUUAUGAUUUAUGAACUGCAUAAGUGAACAAAGUUUUUUUUUAUAUUGAUUGCAGUCCAUGAACUUCUGAAUCUGGAUUCACCAUUCUCCUUUGAUGACUGAUUAUUGGAACCUCAGAAGAGAAGGUAUAUAAUAUAAUACAUUCAAACAGACUUUUCUCCUUUAUUGUAAGCUUGUAUAUAUUCCUUCAUAUUUUUGUUUUCUUGCAGGGAAUGAAUGUCAAUUUGUCAUGUGCUGCUUGACUGCUUCUGUUCUUCAAAUCUGGUUGCUGACUUGCUGCCUUGCUGGUGCCUUUGAGAGUUUGGCUUACUGCCUUUGAGAGUUUGAGUGUGCUUUAUUUGUUCCAAAUUUGAACAAUGGAUUGGUGUGUGGCUUACUGCCUUUGAGAGUUUGAGUUUGAGAGUGCUUUACUUGUUUUUUUUUUUUUUGCUACUUAUGACUAUUAGACAGUUGAUGAACUCAUGAAUAAUUGAGGAACUCUUGAAAAUUCAGAGUUCUGGGUGGUGGGUGGGUUGCAGCCUUAUAGGCUUUAUGUUAAGCUGCUUUUGAGCACUGCUCAACUUUGAAUUUGAACUGAAUUAUGUUUUUCCAGUUAUUUUAUUGUUUCAAUAUGUCAAUUAUUUAGGGUUUGUAGCGGGUAACGGGGACCCGUGGAUUCCCCGAAUCCGUUGCUUCACGGUGACGGUAUCAAAUUUGGCCCCGUUGAAUGGCCGAGGACGGGGUCGGGGAAACCCGACACUGUUCACGGACGGGGAACGGAUGGUACGAAUCCGUCCCCGAUCCGCCCCGUUGCCAACCCUACCUUUACCCAAACUAUGCAUGAAACGGGAAAGGAAAGAAAGUAAAGCAGCAGUAUAUAA